CCGAAUACUCAUGCCAACCCCGCUAGCUGGCUAGCUACUAUUCAACCCUCUCAUCAACGCAUACUUCUCUCCCCCAGACCAUCAUUUUGUCGCCCCCCCCAACCUUCACUGUUCUCCCCGCUCCCUAGCUCCGGCCACCAUGGCUGACGAGGCAAGCCGGCCUUUGCUGGACGAGGAACCCCGUCCUUCCUCAACUCGUCGAUCGUCAACAUCUAUUGGCAAGUCUUCGUAUCGCGCUGACCAGGGCCCCCAUCCGUACGAGCUGUCAUCCGAGUCUACUCCUCUUCUCGUCCAUCGGGACGAUGAUCUUCUGGCAUACGGCGGGACCGAUCCCCGAAGACAGUCGUCCGAUCACCCUCGAGAUCCUUCCCCAGACACAUCGCUGAAGAAACGGCGGGGAAGUAUACGAUGGCCGAUGUUCUGCGCCCUCACUACGCUGGCUGCGGUCGUUGCGAUCCUUAUCUUCGCCUUUAUCGCCCCAGCUGCCGUGAAGGAGUAUGCGAAGGAGGCGACCGUGUUCAGGCCUACAAACGUCUCCAUUGAGUCAGCCAUGGCGGACGGUCUUCAAGCCCGGAUACAAGGAGACGUGAUACUCGAUGCCCGGCGCAUCCGGAAGAGACCAGUGCGAAACAUCGGUCGCUUCGUCACCUGGAUAGCAAGAGAGGUCGAAACUGGCGAGUCGGAAGUGGAUCUGUAUCUUCCGGAGUAUGGAAACGUCCAGGUCGGCACGGUGCUGCUGCCCUCUAUCAAGGUCAACAUUCAAAACGGCCACGUGAACCAUGUUGAUUUCAUGGCCAAGUUGAUAGCGGAUGAUAUCCAAGGAAUUCGCUCUGUUGCACUGGACUGGUUGGACGGAAGACUUCGGCACCUCAUAGUUAGGGGAACGGCAGAAGUCCAGCUGAAGUCGGGCUUAUUAAACCUGGGCCAACAGAUACUCACGGAUAGUAUCACUUUUAAAGAAGGUGACUUUCCCGCAUUACCGGCGGUCAACGUCACCAACCUCAAUGUGUACGACGCAGAGGGCCAAGGUGAAAUGGCGGUCGAUGCCUCUAUCGCCGCCCAGAUCGACUCACCCGUUACCCUGAGGAUUCCUCCUCUCGGAUUCGAGGUACUGGUUCCCAACUGUUCUCCUGGAGAUCCUUAUAUUAGGGUCGCGGGUGCUACCACCCAAGAGUUUCCAAUCGUUCCUGGUCUCCCAACAUCGGUUGACGUUUCUGGCAUUAUCCGGGGCCUCUCUGAUGACCUUACUAGAACUUGUCCUGGGGAGAAGAGCUCUCCCCUCGACUUUUUGGUCAAAAGCUACAUUAAUGGACUUGGAACCACGGUCUAUGUCCGUGGAGCAAAUGACCCGUCCUUGGGCACACCGGAUUGGGUUGUAGACAUCCUCAAAAGUGUGACUGUGCCGUUGAGUUUCACUGGACAUGCCCUUGAUAAUCUCAUCAAGAACUUCACCAUGUCGGACGUACAUUUUACGCUUCCCGAUCCCUUUGCGGAACCUGAUUCUCCCGAAUCGCAACCGACCGUGUCCGCUUUGGUCAAGGUACUGAUUGGGCUGCCGAAAGAACUGGGCCUCCAAUUGGAUGUUCCCCGAGUUCGAGCUCUGGCUGAUGUCUACUACGAGGGCAGUAAACUCGGAGUCUUGGAUCUGGAUAAGUGGCGGCCUGCGAAUUCGACCUUGUUUGACGACGUGGAGGGCGCCCCGGCGUUGCUCGUAGAGUUUGACAUUGAAAAGGCGCCGCUUCAUGUGACAGAUGAAGAUGUUCUAACCGACGUUCUUCAGGCGUUGAUUUUCCAAGGGAAGACGGUCAAGCUCAAAGUUGCCGCUAAUGUAGAUGCGGAGGUUUCCACGGGACUCGGAACUUUUGCGGUUCGUGAGAUACCGGCGGAGGGAGAGGUGGUCGUCCAGUCCCCAUAUGGCGGCUCUCUGGACCAACUGGCUCCGCAGAUUGAGUCCAUGGCGCUAGGAACGACUACCGCCUCGUCCCUCCUCGUGAAGACCAAAAUCAAUGUCACCAAUCCGUCGCCAUACUCGGCGUCGAUGCCUUUGAUUGACUUGCAGCUCCUAUUUAACGAUACUAAAGUGGCUCAUAUCCUGGCGAAAGAUAUCACAGUUGUUCCUGGCGUCAAUGACGGCAUUCCUGUGGAUCUUCUAUGGAGCCCGCUCAUUUUAGACGGGCCAGCUGGUGCCGAUGCUGGUCGUGAGCUGCUCUCACAGUAUAUCUCAGGACAAAACACAACAGUCACAAUCAAGACCCACGAAGGGACGAUCCCAGCGCUACCUAAACUCGGAAAAGCCCUAUCUAAACUAGGGGUCGAGGUUCAGAUUCCUCGUGUGCCCGUUCCUCGCGCUCCUGGUAACGGGAACGACCCCGACAAAGGCUCGGGGUUCAUCCAAGGCGCCACGGUAUUAUCUACUCUCAUGGAUCUCAUCUCUCUCCAUGAACAUCCGAUCUAAGUUCAUACAUAUAAUUUGUGGGCCAUGUGCCCCUUCUCCUCCAGACAUGUGUUCAAGGAGAGAGCGCUCCGUUCAAGAGGGUGACUAACUUGCGUGAGCGCUGCUAGAUGCACGUCAUUACAUCGCGGGCCGAGUUCACUUUAUCCUCACCAUUCCCUAAUACAACGAUUGACAUUACGUCGAUACACGCACAGGCAUAUUACGAGGAAGAGGAGGAGGUUGGCACCAUCGACUACCAGAUUCCGU